GAAUUCCUGCCUGAUAACUAAAUAUUGCCUGAGGUGCUGGACUGAAGCCUUGUCCUCGUCCCAUCCCGACGCAGUGCUGUUCUCCACGUUAGCGGUAUGAAUCGGAGAGGCGAUGAGACAUGGUCUGUGCACCAGUUCCUGUUUUCACUGUGGCUCCCGGGCCUCCUGCUUUCCCCGUGCAACCGCUGGGACCGUGCGUCCGCCUGCCGCCCUGCUGCCUGCGUGCUCCAGCGACCCGGCGAGGUGGUCCGGUCCUCGCAGCGCGGGGGGCAGGGCGCGCGGCGAGGGGGCACGGCUCGGCGCUGCAAGGCAAGCACGUGCUUACGUGUUUUGCUGGGUUUGGGACCUGAGAGCACAGCGUGUGGCAGAGUUUAGGCCUUAAAUAGGUGAGUCACUUUUUCUGCUAUUGAGAAACUUGUGACUUUUGCUGGCAACAGGCUCAUCUUGGCUGAGUCUUGCUCGCUUCUGCCUUUAUCGCCACGUGCUGGGGGCGGCUGCAGGUUCCCGGGUUCGUUCUGGCUGGAGAAGCGCAGGUCCUGGGCCGGCGUCCGCUCCGCCGGGGGCGAGCGCUGGGAAACCUCGGAGGCGCCCUGCAACCACCCGCCCUGGCGCCGUGUUGGGCUCGCUCCGAGGAUUUGCGAGGCAGACGGUCGAAGUUGGCUGGUGCCGGUGGGAAGGCUGUCCUCAGGUUCCCGGGUAAGCGGGUGCGCGCCGGCCUGGCGAGGGCUGCGUGAGUGGGGAUAGCACGGGCUGGCGCGCGCGGGGCCUCGGGUGCACCCUCCGAAAGCAGCUGAAAAGUCUUGUGCGAACGCAGGAGAUGGCCAGAGGCAGCGGAGCAAGCAAACCGAAUUUUCCAUUAACUGGCAGAGUAAACGGGGCUGAAAUUCAAAUGGGCUCUGGCGUUGCCCGCACAUUUUAUUACCUACCUCCUUAUUUGCUGUCUUCAGCGAUCUUAUCGGUAACGGCUUUUAAAUGCACAUGUGACACCGAUGCUCGGCCGUGCCUGUGCUCCGGUUGUGUGAAAGACCACCUUGCCUGCCCGAAGCCCCGGCCCUUCCCGGCCUCGCUCCGCUUGUCCCUGGUGCCUCCGGACACGGCAGUGAGCCUCCAUCGCCGCUCCCAGGGCUCACGCCGGCCUCCAAAGAGGCGUCCGGCCCCUGCUGAGCUGGCUGGAAAGGGAGUGCGUGUCUCACGCCACGGCCUGAGUAGGAAAACGCUUAAGCGGCUUCCUAAAUCCGGGACGUGACUUGGGGGAGCUGUUGGCUGAAACCCGGGUGCAAGCCCAGCUCUGCUCUCCGUGCGCCCCAGGAGCCUGGGUUGGCCUUUGCGUUUCUCCCUGCCGCAGGCUCGCUCGUGCCGGGAAGAAGCGGGGACGGGGGAGAUGGCAGCCUGGCGCGGGGACGCAGCGGUACCCCACCUCUGCAGCAGGAGCGGAGCAGGGCAGGACGAGCCCCGGCUCUCGGCACCCUGUUCCUCCCAGGGAUGAAGGGCCAUGGGCAUCCUCACCUCAUCACCCAUCCACUGCCCUGAGUGUAUCAGCGAAGGGGCUUGCGUCUGCCCACCCUGUCCCCUUUGCUGUCCCCUUUUUUGGCACCUGAGAUGCGCCACCUCCUAGGAGUGGCCGUCACUCCUUGUCUGCUUGCCUAUUGCUCCCCCUUUUCAGCCGCUCUUCGUCAGAGCCCACGCGGGGACAUCUCUCAUCCCUCAGCUGUUCCUCAUUCCCUCUUUUCCCCAGCUUUUCCCCGGGAGGAAGGGGGUCAAUCCUCACGGGCUUGAGGCUGCUGCAGAGAUGCCAAGAUGGUUUACGAGAUCCGUAGAGUUUGGGGCGAUAUCUCAGGGAAGGGCAUAUGUGCAUGGGAGUGCUGUUGUUGUUUUCCGUAAUAAAUCCCACUGGGAACAGCAUGUUCCCUCGUUAGGGCCGGAGGCAAGCUUAAUGCCGCAUUUCUCUGCUGAUCUGUCCUUGGGACUUAAUCUCAAAUCUGUUAUCACUGCCCCGAUCAAGCACUGGAAGCCAGCGAUACUGGUUGCAGCGUUUUUGGUAUCCCUUCGAGCUAUUUUUCCCCCCAGACCAGCUUGGGGUGGUUUGAGCCAAUUUACUUUCCCCAUUAGUGAUGCUUGCAAGUGGGGGGGGGGGCUUGUGCAGGUUUCGCGGGGUAUAAAACCCGCGCGCCCUUCCGCGCGCCGUCUGCACCGUUGCACCUCUCUGUCCGCCACCGCCGCGGCAGCGGGACCUCGGCGGGCGGCACGGGCAGAGGCGACAUGGCAGAGCUGCCAGCCCCGGAGGCGCCCGCCAACCCGGCUUGCUGCAGCGGCAGGUUCACCAUCAGCACCCUGAUCGGGGCGGAGGAGGGCGGCAAAGCGCCCUACGGGGCCGCCGAGGCCGCCGGCUACGACAGCGCCCAUCCCACCAACCUCUCCAGCAGCACCCUCUACCUGAGGACUUUUGGCUACAACACCAUCGACGUGGUGCCCGCUUACGAGCACUAUGCCGAGAGCAAGGGCGCGGGCGACGCCGGGAAGGGCAGGCCCUCGCUGGCCGACCUGCACUCCAUCCUGAAGCCUGACGCGAGCCGCCUUCACAGGCCCGUGUAUGAGCCCCAGCAGAGCAAUGGCCUGCCUGACGGUGUGCCCGAGGAGGAGAUGGGUGAGGACCACAAGGCCCCCCUGGAGGAGCCCGUCCGGUUCGGAUGGAUCAAGGGCGUGAUGAUUCGCUGCAUGCUGAACAUCUGGGGAGUGAUUCUCUACUUGCGCUUGCCCUGGAUCACAGCCCAGGCAGGAAUUGCGCUGACGUGGCUGAUCAUCCUGAUGUCCGUGACGGUGACCACCAUCACCGGCUUGUCCAUCUCUGCCAUAUCCACCAACGGCAAAGUGAAAUCAGGGGGCACCUAUUUCCUUAUCUCAAGAAGCCUCGGGCCAGAGCUGGGCGGUUCUAUCGGUCUGAUUUUUGCCUUCGCAAACGCGGUGGCUGUGGCCAUGCACACAGUGGGCUUUGCAGAAACCGUCCGUGAUCUGCUCCAGGAAUAUAACUCUCUCAUCGUAGACCCCACAAAUGACAUCCGCAUCAUCGGGGUCGUCACGGUGACAGUGCUGCUUGGCAUUUCUUUGGCGGGGAUGGAGUGGGAGGCCAAGGCACAGGUAUUGUUCUUCCUGGUCAUCUUGGUUUCCUUUAUAAAUUACCUGGUGGGGACGGUGAUCCCGGCCACAGCAGAGAAGCAAGCAAAAGGUUUCUUCAGCUACAGAGCUGACAUUUUUGCCCAGAACUUUGUGCCCAACUGGCGUGGACCUGAGGGCACCUUCUUCGGUUUGUUUUCUAUUUUCUUUCCAUCAGCAACUGGCAUCUUGGCUGGAGCCAACAUUUCAGGUGAUUUGAAGGAUCCUGCUGUGGCCAUUCCCAAAGGCACCCUGAUGGCUAUAUUCUGGACCACGGUGUCCUACCUGGUGAUUUCUGCUACGAUUGGUGCCUGCGUGGUCCGGGAUGCCUCCGGGAGCCUCAACGACACCAUCGGGGCCGGCUCGGUGGGCUGCGAGGGUUUGGCGUGCGGCUACGGCUGGAACUUCACCGAGUGCGCACAGAAGCAGAGCUGCCGCUACGGGCUCAGCAACUACUACCAGAGCAUGAGCAUGGUGUCCGGAUUCGGCCCUCUCAUCACAGCUGGGAUCUUUGGUGCUACCCUGUCCUCAGCGCUGGCCUGCCUUGUCUCAGCCCCCAAAGUCUUCCAGUGUCUCUGCAAGGACCAGCUCUACCCUCUCAUCGGCUUCUUUGGGAAGGGCUAUGGGAAGAACGACGAGCCCAUCCGUGGGUAUAUGCUGACCUACGUCAUUGCCGUGGGUUUCAUCCUGAUUGCUGAACUCAACUCCAUUGCCCCCAUCAUCUCCAACUUCUUCCUGUGCUCCUACGCACUCAUCAACUUCAGCUGCUUCCACGCCUCCAUCACCAACUCGCCAGGGUGGAGACCGUCGUUCAGGUAUUACAGCAAGUGGGCCGCUCUGUUCGGCGCGGCCGUGUCCAUCGUGAUCAUGUUCCUGCUGACGUGGUGGGCCGCCCUGAUAGCCUUUGGCAUCGUCAUCUUCCUCCUGGGAUACGUGCUCUAUAAAAAGCCGGAUGUGAACUGGGGCUCGUCCGUGCAAGCGAGUUCGUACAACAUGGCCCUGAACUACUCCGUGGGGCUCAGCGAAGUGGACGAGCACGUCAAGAACUACAGACCUCAGUGCCUGGUCUUAACUGGCCCUCCCAAUUUCCGUCCAGCCCUGGUGGAUUUUGUGGGCACUUUCACCAAGAAUCUCAGCUUGAUGAUCUGUGGGAACGUGUUGAUAGGACCACGGAAACAGAAGAUGCCAGAAUCCAGACUGAUGUCUGAUGGCCAUACAAAGUGGCUUAUCAAGAGGAAGAUCAAGGCUUUCUAUACAGAUGUGGUAGCUGAGGAUUUGAGAAGUGGAGUCCAAAUACUUAUACAGGCUUCUGGUCUUGGGAAGAUGAGACCCAACAUCCUAGCACUGGGGUACAAGAGGAACUGGCAGACAGCCCACCCACAGACCAUGGAGGAUUACGUAGGAAUCCUGCACGAUGCCUUUGAUUUCAAGUAUGGUGUGUGCUUAAUGAGGAUGAAAGAAGGGCUGGACAUCUCUCGAGUGAUGCAGGCUCACGUUAACCCGAUGUUUGAGCCAGCAGAAGACCCCAAAGAGAGUGGUACCGCCGGCCCAGCAGCCCCUGUCACAGGCACAUUGGACCCCGACGCCCUGGUAGCUGGACAGCAGGCAAGCACCGUCUUCCAGACUGGGCAGGGCAAAAAGACCAUCGACAUUUACUGGCUCUUUGACGAUGGAGGUCUCACGCUCCUGAUUCCCUACCUCCUCGGGCGCAAGAAGCGGUGGGGAAAGUGCAAAAUCCGGGUGUUCGUCGGUGGGCAGAUCAACAGGAUGGAUGAAGAGAGGAAGGCGAUCGUGUCGCUGCUGAGCAAGUUCCGUCUCGGCUUUCACGAGGUCCACAUCCUUCCAGACAUCAACCAGGACCCCCGGCCUGAGCACAUCAAGAGAUUUGACGACCUGAUCGCUCCCUUCAGGCUGAAUGAUGGAUUUAAAGAUGAGGCUGCAGUGAACGAAAUGCGGCAUGAUUGUCCCUGGAAGAUUUCGGACGAGGAGGUCAAUAAAAACAGAGCCAAGUCGCUUCGGCAAGUGAGGCUGAACGAGAUUUUGCUGGAUUACUCACGGGACGCGGCGCUCAUAGCAAUGUUAUUCGUCAUUGAGGAAAUACUAACAGGACAAGACUACUUAGCUGUUGCACAGUGGGAAGACAGCAAAACCAGCCUUAGCCUUGUAAAGGACUUUGCAGCUCUUUCCUGCGCGACUCGUUCCAUGCUCGGUCCCCGUUGCCGCAGUCCCGUCGUGCGAGCGUGGGAAUGGUGGCAAAAUCCCCACCAAGGGGGACAGCCCGGGAGCACGGACGUAGGAGAGCUCUGUAACGCGAGGGCUGCUGGGGAUGAAGCCUCUGCAAGGGGCAGCGCAGCCCUGCGCCCGCCAGAGCUCCCACCCCGCCGGCGAGCAGCUGCCGUGGGAGCGGGAGACCGGGGCUUGAAGCGGCCCUCGCCGGCCCUUCCCGGGGGUCCUCCUGCGCGAAAAGCCCCACUUGCAGCCCCGGCACGGAAAUGUGCAGCAGCACAAGCAGCAGGUGCUGCCUGCUCAGAAGAGCUGCUGCCUCCUUGGCCACUCCUCCGCCAGCCACCGUUUUAGCUCCAGCUGGUGCCACAAAAAGACAGUGACCUUGCUUGCCUGAGCAAGGAGCAGGCCCUGGAUUCGGCCCUCGCUGAGGAGCUGCCGCACAAGGAAAGGGCCAAGGCGCAGGAGCUGGGCUACAGCGAGAGCCGAGCAGGAACUGGGCACAGUACCACCGAGCUGGGCUGACUUUGCUUUUGUCAAAAAAAAACAAAAAAAAAUUGGAGUAAACCACACCUGAGAGCA